UAUAUUAUGCUCGAUGCUAGGAUUUUCCGUCGCAGCUGGCUGAUAACGGCGUAACAUCAUGGCGGUUAGCGACAAGAAGCCGAUGUCACGUCUAAUGAAACUCGCCAACAAAUUCAAUUGCUUCUACCUGUCAGGUUUUCAUACAGGAGAAUACAGAGCAUUUGUUGUCGAUGGGCAACAAGUUGGUCUUGUACGUCUAGAUGUAAUGAAGGAAAUUUUAAACUAUCCUCAAAUGUUCAAUUUCGAGAAAGACGUCAAGUAUGCUAAUUUCGCUUUGCAUCGUCUCCUGGAUGACAAUAUGUGCUUGUGUCACUCUAUACCAUCCGUAGCACACUCGGAAUCUUGA